GCUUGCUUUAGCCUGCUAGGAUCGUUCUUGUUCAUGGCUCGGGAGGGGAAGGACGGAGACGCUUUGUGGAAUUUAAAGUGACGGACGCUUGCUCUUACACUGGCAUGUAUUGAUCUCAUCUCAUUACCCAUAUCGCACACACGCAUCCCAUCCCUCCCACACCUACCACUCUCUUCUCCUCGCGGCACCCCAGUCACCACGGAAGCCGUACCAAAAUAAACAAACAAAUAACUGUCUCAUUACCCCGGACUUUCAUCUUUCUGCCUUCCAUCCGUGUUGCCUCCCUGGGAGAACAAAAAGCAACCCCCCGGCCCCCCUUAUUCUCACGAACGGACUUCUUGCCUGGGCAGGGAGGAGAGAUAUCAGACUCUCCGAUCUCAGGACCUUCUCGCCUAGAUCACCCACACGUCAGGACGUACGACACCAACACCAGCAGGAACGGAGACGACACAUCAUAUCACCCUUAGGAAAGGAAAAAAACAUGGGUCUCGUGACGUUGAAAAACCUCCUCUUCGGCCGCACCCCGCCCCCCGUCCGGUCCAAGGCCGCCAUCGCCACUAAUGAGCGCGCCGAGAGCACAAUGUCGGAUGAAACCGUUGUCGACGGCGGUGACCUCGAGAGGCAACCGCUCCUUGGGCCCGGAGCCCGGACCUCGUCGAUGGCCACCAUGGCGACGACCGCCUCGGAAACCUCAUCAACCUCGACCGUAUCUUCCGAGAGCGAGUCCCGCCGUUUCCGCUUCGACGCCCGCGUCAUCUCCGAUGCCACCAUCGGACUGUCGGAUGGCUUGACGGUGCCCUUUGCCCUCACCGCCGGCUUGUCGGCUCUGGGCCAGACCAAGGUUGUCAUCUUUGGUGGCAUGGCCGAGUUGAUUGCCGGUGCCAUAUCCAUGGGCCUUGGUGGCUACCUAGGAGCCAAGAGCGAGGCCGCCUCGUACAAAGAAACCCGUAACGAGUGCACCCGUCUGACGCGCGACGACCCGGCUCUCGCCCGCGCCCAGGUCGUCGAGGUCCUCGAGCCCUACGGCCUGCCCAAGCAUACCCUCGAGGAGGUGACGGACCACCUCUCAACGUCGCCGCGCCUCAUCGACUUCCUCAUGCACUUCCAUCACUGCGAGCAGGAGCCCGCCUCGAACCGCGCCUUGGUCUCCGCCCUGACCAUCGCCGCGGGCUACCUUCUCGGCGGCCUCGUGCCGCUCUUCCCCUAUUUCUUCGUCCCCGCCGAGGACGUUUACCUCGCCCUUUACAUUUCCGUCGCCGUCAUGGCUGUCGCGCUUUUCGCCUUUGGCUAUGUCAAGACGUGCAUCGUCUCGGGCUGGUCGGGCGUGCGGUGCGUGAGGCAGGCUGUCGUCGGUGGCUUGGAGAUGGUUGUUGUCGGUGGCGCUGCGGCAGGCGCGGCGAUGGGGCUGGUGAAGGCCUUUGACCAGCUGGCGCAGUCCGAUGAUUUGUCGGCGUUGGCGAGCAGGAUAUUCUAAUACCCCACAACUCUUCUCUUUUUUCUCCUUUCUCUAUGUUUCUUUUCUGUGUCUCUCAUACUUUUCUAUGUCAGGAUGCGUACGGGAUGGAUCGGGUCCAUGGCGAUGGAACGACAGAAGUGGGCAACGGCUGGGAAAAGGCUGAGGGACUCUCCCAUGUUUGCAUUGUAAGGCGUUUACGUGGGAAGGUGCCCUUUAUGAGCAUCGCCUGGAGAGGAUGGGCAAGAUGACGACUGGCAGCGAUGUGCAAGCGGCGUUGGCGUCGAAGAAUUCGACAAAGUCGCGGGGUUCGAUGCUGCGCCCUCUUGUGGAGAAAACGCAUGUUACAGAAUACCACUCUAUCAACGGACUUUGAGUCCUUUCUUUUACAUCUUGAACAUCACAUUUUCUCGGUGUUAAUCAUGAUGAAAACCUACAACAUCUAUAAAGGCAUAGUCCGUACUUUCGGCUUGGGCAUUGUCCGAUCCGCCAUCACUCAUCUGGCUAGGUGGAUCAAAUAGUAUCCUGACUCUUCAGACUAAAUGUGUACCGCCGUUUUGAAAAGGACAUCAUCAUUGCGGGACAGCGCAUAGAUUGAUGUAUUUGCCCCCGUCAUUUAUCCAAACC